UGGUAAACACACACACACACACACACACACACAGAGGGCGGUGGUAACAGAGGCCUGAGAGCUCAGAGAGGAGACCAGUCAGUCGUUCGGGGCACUCCAAGACACAGUGCAUCGCCUACCCCCAAAGAACUUCACUUAAUCGGCUGCAUGGUUCCCCGCGCGAGGACGUCCCUGGUGGCGGUGGGGGUGGUGGUGGUGGCGAUGCUGGCCGCCCUCCUGCCGCCCCUCGCCUCAGCACAAGUGAUUUUCCCGAACUCUCAGGGCGUGCGUUGUGUAGAUAGAGAGCCCUUGUGCCCCGAGUUUGCUGAAAGGGGAGCCUGUGAGACCAAUCCAACAUACACGAGAACCACCUGUCCCUUGUCUUGUAAGGUGUGCCAAGAUGGGACUGCCACCGCCACCACCAGCACCGCCUCUAACAGACCCCCAGCAACUGAAGAAGUCCCUGAGGCCACUGCUAUCUCCUCUAACACUCCUCCUCCUCCUCCUGCUGCUGCUGCUACUUCUACGACCCCCACUUCUCUCCGCCCCGCAGUGACGUCACCAGGUGGCUUCCGGACCAGUACUACAGCCACCGCCUCCUCCUCCUCCUCCUCCACCUCCUCCACGUCCACCUCCUCCUCAAGCUCCCCGUCAAGACCCACAUCCGGAAAGCCCUCCAUUGUAUAUCCUGACUUCGAGUGUGGCGGCGCCCGUAGAGCCAGGAAGCGCCGCCAAGCCCCCAGCGACCAUGACUCUUCUUUGUCGGAGGAAGCAACGCGUGGAAUCCAGGCCUCAGAUGCUGCUGGCGAGAACUCGGCCUUGUUAGAGUCCAGUUGCGGCGCCUCUGUCAUCAGCAGACGCUUCCUCCUCACCGCCGCCCACUGCAUCGACCCCGAGAACCCAAUCAGCGCGGUGCGUCUGGGAGACCUCGACCUUACCCAAGAUAAUGAGAACAACUCGGCGCCAGCGGACUACGAUAUUAUCCAGAUCAUCAUUCACCCUCAGUUUAGACCUGGGUCCUCUGUCCGCUACAACGACAUCGCGCUGCUGCAGACGGACCGCGAGAUCGAGUUCAACGACGCCGUGUUUCCGUACUGCAUCUCGCCGAGGAUUCCCGCGACAGGCACCACCGUCAUUGCUGCCGGCUACGGUCUCUACAAUGAAACCUACAAAAGCCACCACGUGUUGGAAGGCGAGCUGGACGUAAUGUCGCUGGCCCAGUGUGAAAAUGAAUAUCUGCAGCGGGACCCGCAGCGCCUGAAGACCGCCUACCCUAACCUCCUGCCGCCAAGAGGACUCCUGUGUGCCGGGAGGGACGGUGGCGGCGUGUGCAAGGGCGACGAGGGCGGGCCGCUGUACCGCGAGGACGAGUCUGGGCUCCGCUUCCUGGAGGGCAUCACCAGCCUCACGGGGGGCGCCUGCAAGGAGGGACUGCUGCCCGGCCUCUUCACGGCAGUGGCGGACCACGUGGAGUUCAUCGACGCGGUGAUCUACAACCCCCGCUUCGCCUAGGCGGGGGGAGGAGAGAGAGAGAGAGAGAGAGAGAGAGAGAGAGAGAGUGUGUGUGUGUGUGUAAGCAAGAUUGAUAGUACCAUUCUGUGAAGAGACUCUCGACUCUAUCUGUAACUGUUCUUGUGUUAGUUUGUUUGCCUGUAUUUUUGUUUGUUUCUUUGUGUGUGUGUGUGUGUGUGUGUGUGUGUGGACUUCGGCCUAUAGCGCCGGUCGGCUUUCAUGACGGGGCCUGUUGGUUGACUCCGGCGGUGGCUUACGCAAGUGUUUUUAUUAGUUGAUGAGCGGCCACCAGGACAGCAUGUGGGUCUUAGGCCACUGAAAAUUGUCAGCUUGUGGCGGCGGACUGGACUUGAACCCGGGUCCUGCAGGACACCACGGCCGCACGCUGACCACUCAGCCACCGCCUCCCGCCAACACCCACUGCUCGUAAUGGCGAGGCUGCAUCUGAUCGGCUCUUUAAAAUUAUGCCUUGUCAAACCUUGCCCUCGGGAUAACGAGGGAGCCAUACUAUCACUGUUUCGCAAUAAAGAAAUGUUGACUUAUA